CUUUGACCAAAUACAUUCCAACACUGGCCAGAAUGGCACAAAAAUAGGAGGUUGCACUGCUUGUGGUUGUAGCGAACAGCAAACGGUUGAAAUAUACACGUAAAAUUGGACAUUUUCAAGUCGUGCACCCUAACACUCCUGACAGUGGCAGAAGACUUCACAUAGCCUGCUUCUUAAAAAUGAUGGAGGAAGCUGUUGAAGUUCCAUCUCAUUCCAACUGUAGUGUUUAUUGCAUCAGAGUGACUGAAGCCAUAAAGAAUGGGGAUUCACUGGUUUAUGUUGUGAAAUCUGAAGAGUUGUCCAGCAACAUGCAGUACCAAGUUGACCGAACAUAUGAAGAUUUUGAGUGGCUUCAGCACUGCCUUUUUACCCAGGAAAGUGUCCCUGGUCUUCAAGGGAUUAUUUUUCCUCCUCUACCAGCUAAACCGAUGACAUGUGACCCCAGCUCAGAUGCAAGAAGUUUUAAACAGCUAGGGCUUCUAGCCUUGGGAGGAACCUGGCAAACAUAUUGCAGAGCUCUGGAGAAAUACCUCCAUCUUGUAUCAGGACAUUCCAUCCUUGUCAAAAAUUCAGCAUUGCAAAGCUUUCUCACACAUAAAGAGCCUCCAGGAAAGCAGAUUGUGAAGAAGGGGAUCUUUGACAAGCUGAGCCAGGCUGUGGAAGGACUGAGGAAGGAACAUCACAAGGAUAUUGAUGAGUUUUUUCAAAACGAGAGGGACAGUAACGUGAGACUCACUGGACUUACCAAAGCUGCGUCAGAAAGGUUCCUUGAAAUGGUGGUAGCUGAACAAAAAAUAAUGGUCGCUUGUGGACAUUUCUCCACAUCUCUGCAGCUGGGGAUCGGGCAGGAAGAUGAUUCCACAGCCUGUCGUAUUUCAAAGAUAUGUCUAAAGCUGUCAGAAGUGAUAGAUACAGUAAAGAAAAAAUAUGAAAGUGUUGCAGAAAAUAAUCGCAACACAAUAGGCCUCUAUCUGGACCUGUAUUCUCGCUAUCAAGAAGCUGAAAAGGAGAUGCUAUUCAGGAGAACCUGUAAACUUGUUGAGGUUGAAAACGUAAAUAAAAGUCUUGUGAAGGUCAAAAGCACUAAGAAGGCAAUAAUGGAAGAAAUUAAAAAGGCUACUGACAGAGAAUUUCUUGAGAUUUCUGGAAUGGCCAAAUGUGAGAUUCAGAACUAUCACAGAGAACGGGUUCUGGCCUUCCAGCAGUCCCUGAUUGGCCUCUGCGUGCGCCAGCUGAAGACUGCCAGGGAGAGUUAUGCUGUGCUCUCUCAGCAGCUCUCACACUUCAGAGAGCUCUAUGGAGAGUGACUACUAUCACACUCAAACUUCACUCUGCCAGUUCCAAAGAAAUGUACUUUAACCAGAGGGUUAUUUUGAGAUCCAAACUCCUGCCUCCUUCCUCCUUCCCCCUUCCCUGAUAUUUUAACAUUCCCCUUGUGUUUCUUCACUUCUGAGUUCAUUGCCCAUAAAACUAAAAUCACUCUGGCACUGCCUGCAGUUUGGGCACAAAUCCCAGCAGACACCCUGAGAGGCUUCCUUGACAGCUCGAAAAGCUUGUUUCAGCUGGUACUACAACAGCUAAGUAACUAAGCAAUUUAACUGAAAUUAGGAGAGUUUCUGUAGGUGACUAACGCCUACUAGAGACUGUGAUGAGACCACCUCCCUUUCUCUCUCUGUUUUUAACUUAAUAUCUGACCAGGCUUCACCAUGGACCUUCAUAGGUUAAAGAAAAACAGAUUAGUGUGCAGUGCCCCUCUUCUUCUCUGCAUGCUAUAAACUGCUUUUAUGACUUGGAGGAGAAAUUUCUGAUUAUGAUGGGAUCAGGGGAGACAGAGAUAUCAGUUUAUAUAAAUUGAUUGUAAUAUAUUUCAGUUCUCUUUGUGUUGCUGUGCUUAUGCGUGGAAUUCAUUACCCUUUCUUAAGGUUUUAGCACAUUUUCCGGGUACUGUACAUGGAUACAUGAUUUCCAAUGGUCCCUCUGCACCAGUUGUUUUACUGUAGAGUAUGCUUGAUUUCUUACUCUAGAGAAAAUAAGGUGUAUGUACUACUCAAACAGCUGAGAUAGGCUGGGAUGUAACAAAGGCAUUUUUUAAAUUAUGUGUGCUGAAUUGUACCAAAUAUAUUUGUAAUAUAAUUACAAAUAAUUAUUUUUCAUAAUAUGAAACUUUUGUAUUAUGACAGAAUUUUCCAUUUCUGCUAGACAUGCUUUACUAUAAGCACCAUAAUCACAUUCCUGCUAAUCUUAUCCACGAUGUACAUUAACUGAAUCCUUUUUGGACAUUUUGACCAGUUUGGAAGUGUGAACUUACAGUUCACUGUAGUGUAUCUAAAUUUCUCACAGUCUACAAUCUAUUGCAGAAUCAUUGGCCUUCAUCACCCUGUUUUUCUACAUGGAGUGCUCUCUUCAAAUAUUCCACUUUCCUGCACUUAGUGGCUGAAAGAGUUUCUGUAUUUUUGUAGCUAGAAAAAGCAUCUUGCAUGAAUUCACACAAUUAUCAUUUUUCCUGUUGACAAAACAUUAAUUCUCCUUUUUGCAUGCCUUUCUUUCUGAUGUAUAUUCUUAAUAUUGUUGCAAUUGCUUUGUGUAUUUGAUUAAGUCACAAAUUAUAAAAUAGUAAAAAAUCCGAGAUGGACAGUUCUUGUGCAAGUUAAUCGAUCACAAUCUGGGCCGUUUAUUCUUCCUUCCCAUGUAAUAUAAUUCUUGGUAUUCUUUGGACUCUCAUUUUAGGUUUCUUUUCACUUAAUUACAAUAGGUGUUUUCUUUAUUUGAUUGUUAUUGCUUUUCCCAGUCACUUCUCUAAUUGUUUAACAACACACUGAACUUCAUUUAAUGAAAGCAAAACAGUAUUGAAGGAAGCUGGCUUCCAGACCUCUGUUGACAUUGAUGAAAGCCUAUAUUUUCCGUUUUAAAAUAAACACAUUUGCACUCCACUUUCUCUUUAACUCUCAGUGUAGAACACAAGACAGGGAUUUCUACUUUGAAUUUCCAGAUGACUUCAAGAAUUCAAUUUAAAAAUACUUGUUUUGCUAGAUGAAUAAAUAUAUACUGCACAGUGCAAGUAACCUGUCUUUGGCAAACUUCAGUAUUUCUGUUAAACCUGCAACACUACAGCCCUAUGCUGAUCAGAUCUAAAAUGUAGAGAAUAAGUCCAACAAGAUAAUUGCUAUUUAUGGAAGAUAGAAGGAUUGUCAGAACACACCGGAGAGUUUGAAACUUCUACUGAAUAAUAAUGUCAAUAAUUGUUUGCAGUCAUUGAUUAUAUGGUGUUUCUAAUAAAGGUAUCUUGGGGAGAAAUAAGGAUUGACGCAUAUUAGGUCUUGACUAAUAUGUCAUACAUCCUGUUGUUCCCAUAAAGAGAAGGUAUUGUAUGAUCACAGGAAUAAAUCCAUGCUUUAUUUAUUUGGAAUCAAGAAUAUUUCUCUCCUCAAUUCCCAUGUAAUGCUAAAAUCUUUAUCUACAAUUUAAUUGUUACCCAUUUAUAGAGACCAUAUAAAUAAAUGUAUACACACUGAUUUCA